CGCCGCCAUUUUCCCGCCUUCCCUAAAGGGAAUUCUAGAAGGAAUCCGCUUUGUUUACUACGCUGUAGUUUCAGUCUCAGCACAUUCGACAGUCGAUUCUGUAUGGUGUAGUUAAAAAUAAAAGACAAGGAGCAUUGAAGAAAGCAAAAAAAGUCAGUGGAACAGUUCUGAUAUCUUCUAAGCAAUCUUCCCAUAAGCUGUGGCUUGUAAAGAUGUACUUCAUGGAUGGAUCAGUAGACAAAGAAAGAAUAUCUUUUCCAUGUGCACUUUACUUUGUUUUUAAAUGUAAUUCAUUUUACAACAACAAAAAAUCCAGAGCUUUUUAUAAAGCAGAAAUUUCAGAUUCUUAAAACCUACUUUUAUGAUUUUAAUAUGUGUAUGGACCAAUCUGAUUUUUUAAAAUGGUUUAAUGAUUUUAGUUGCCUUUGUCAUACACAUCAAGAAGGCAAAAGCUAGCAUAAUAAGAAUACUAUACAUUUAAUAGUAUCACACUAUUAUAAACUUUGAAGUAGUUUUUCUUGGCAGGGGUUGGAUUAUCAUGUCUGAAGAUGAACUCUUAGAGAAGGACAUCUGGGAGUACAAAUCUAUUAGGAAGCUAAAGUCACCAGGUUUGCAUUCAGAAGCCAUCUGUACAAAUGUACAGAAAACAGAUGACAAAAAUGGUAAGCCACAAACAAGCAGAAAUAGGAAAAUAUCAGAAGCAAAGGAAAUCCCUAAGAAGACAAAAAAAGAGCCAAGACAGAGAGCUAGCUCAGUACCCUUAAAAUCAGAUCUACACUUCCGAGUUUCCAGUAAUGAGCAUCUUGCAGACUUAACUUCAAGCAAACAAAAGAAAAAACAGAAAGAACAAAGCACUACAAAGGCACGAGCAGUUUAUGAAGGAUACUGUCCAAGUUGCCAGAUGCCAUUCUCUUUGUUGUUGAUUCAGACACCUCGGUGGCACGUUGCAGAAUGUUUGGAUGGUUCUAGAGCUGCCAAGAAAGAGUGUCCUGAUGGUCUGCUCUGUACUUCAACCAUUCCUUCUCAUUACAAACAUUAUAGCCAUUUUCUUCUUGCAGCAAGCAGAGCAGGAAAAUACUUUGCUGAAUUCUCCUCAUCAAGCACAGAGAACAACCUCUAUAGGUCCGAUGCUGCUCCAUCCUUCAGCUGUAAUAGCUUUGAAUCUGAGAAGACAGAGGAUCUGAACAACUCCCAGGAUAUGAAGAAACCUCUGGAACAGUUUCCAAAGCAGAGUUCAAAAGCUACAUGUUCUAUGAUCAUAACCAACAUAGAGGCGUCCUCCUUGAAAAAUAUUAAUGGAUCUGAGCGUGGAAUACAGUCUAUAAAUAGUACAAAACAGGUUGAGUGCUCUGUUCCUCUGUCUCAAGAGUAUGAAAGUGGUGAGGACCUGGACAGUCAGCAUGAUUCACAUCGAUUAAAUAUGUUCGUUUCACAAGCUGAGUUAAGUGACUGUGACAUUAGUUACUCUCCACUUAAUACAGAUGAAGAGGCUAUACAAACAGAGGAGGAGGAGGAGGAGGUGGAAGAGAGUACAGCAAUGGUGGCAGCAGCACAGAUGAAAAGUUCUAGAAAACCAUUAUGUGAUAUUGAAAAACUGGAAGAAAGGAAUGGUGGAAAUGAAUGUUUCAUAUUAAAUAAACCACUUUGUGCUUCAGAAUUGAGGGAGUUUGAGCAUAACAAUCUUAAAAUCAUACAAGCUUGCAAAGCAAACAUGGAAUCUCGUGACACAUCAAAAGCCAUCCAAAGUGCAGAUGGAAUUUCUUGGCCUCUCUCCCAAGGGAACAUGCUCAGCAGAGUGUGCUGUUCAAAGAAUCAUCCUGAUCAGAUGAAACAUCCCACAGAAAUCUUCACUAUCCCUGUUGAAUGUAAAAGAACGAAGGAAGAGCUGGAACAGAGCUCUUCUACUUUUAGGACAGGUGAAUGUGGGUGGGGCAACUGUAAUGAGUAUAAUAGGAUCUCUAAGAAUAAAGUAGUGCCUUCAGAAUCCAAAGAAGACAGUAUUAUGCCUCUCCUACUUAACAAAAGGGAUACUGAAAAGGAACCCAAUAGUAGGUUAGAUAGAAAAGCUAGAACUGUUACUGGUACAGGUGGAAACAAAUUGGCUUAUAAUAAUUCAUGCUCAAUAAUAAAAAAGGAAGGAAACAUUUGUAAUAGCAUGGCUAUGCCUGUUUUUCCUUGUGCAACCUCUGAAACAUUGCAGUGUGUUCCUUCUGCAAACACUGGAAUGCAAACAAUUCCCACCAAGGAAUUAAAACAAAUGGAUAUUGGUGUUUUCUUUGGGUUGCAACCCAAAGCAAAGGUGGAGAGUAGCCCGAAGAAAAGUCCUUGUGCAGGACUACAGACUUCAACUCCAUCCACUGCUGCCGGAAAAAAGCCCAGUUCUCGAAAGAGGAAAGCCGAAGGAUCUGUGGGAGACUCAGAUGCAAUCACAGAAAGUUCAAGCAAGAAUGCCAGACCUGCAGAUCCCACAUCUGGUGGACACAGAAGAUGGAGAAAAAAAUUUAAAGAGUCAUGUCCUGCUGAGGAAGGAACAAGAAAAAAACAGUGUCCCUUCUAUAAGAAGAUACCAGGAACUGGAUUUGUAGUAGAUGCAUUCCAGUAUGGAGAAAUUGAAGGAUGCAUGGGCUAUUUCCUCACACAUUUCCAUUCUGAUCAUUAUGGUGGACUAACUAAAAAGUUUACGUUCCCAAUAUAUUGCAAUAAGAUAACUGGAAACCUGGUGAAGAGAAAACUUAAUGUGCAAGAGCAGUUCAUCCAUAUCCUGCCAAUGGAUAGAGAAUGCAUAAUAAAUGGCAUCAAAGUAGUGUUGCUUGAUGCUAAUCAUUGUCCUGGUGCAGCAAUGAUUCUUUUUAUCCUUACAAAUGGGACAGUUAUAUUACACACAGGAGACUUCAGGGCAGAUCCUUCUAUGGAGUGCAAUCCUUUCCUGAUUGGCCAGAAAGUUCAUACUCUUUAUUUAGAUACAACAUACUGCAGUCCUGAGUAUACUUUUCCUUCCCAGCAAGAAGUGAUUCAGUUUGCUGUCAAUACUGCCUUUGAGGCAGUGACAUUAAACCCACGUACUUUAAUUGUUUGUGGCACGUAUUCUGUUGGAAAAGAAAAGGUCUUUCUAGCUAUUGCUGAAGUUCUGGGCUCAAAAGUAAGCAUGUCCCAAGAGAAAUAUAAAACACUGCAGUGCCUGGAAUCAGCAGCAAUAAAUUCCCUCAUCACCCUUGACUGGAAUAAUACUUUGCUUCACCUCAUGUCUAUGAUGCAAAUUAAUUUUAAGAGUUUGCAGAGCCACUUGAACAAAUUCUGUGGAAGUUUUGAUCACAUUUUGGCUUUUAAACCCACUGGGUGGACUUACUCGAAUGGUUGCUGUUCUUUGGGUGAUAUCCAACCUCAGACCAGAGGAAGAAUCACUAUAUAUGGCAUCCCUUACAGUGAGCACAGCAGCUUUCUUGAAAUGAAGCGAUUUGUCCAGUGGUUGAAGCCUAAGAAGAUCAUCCCCACCGUCAAUGUGGGUGACUGGAAAGCCAGAAAAGAAAUGGAAAUGCAUUUCAGGGACUGGAAGUUGGAAACUACAGAAUGGAACUAGAAAGAUAAAUGGAAGUUACACUACAAAAAUCGGCUCAAGGUGUCCAAAUGUAAGGUGUUGUCUUCUAAGACUGGGUCUUACAUUCCAUCAAUCAAAGGCCUGGGAAGUAUUUAUUUGUUUGCACUGAAAAUUCCAGAAAUCUUGAAGACCAGCUGUUCUCUAAUGAACAAUGUCAUUAUGAUGAAUUAUAUGGGACUAACAUUCCCAUCUGCAAGACAUUCCAGAAUACAUGGCAUGGAUCUGAAUUCUGCCCUGCGUCUGAAGAGGAUCUGAAUUCUACCUCUGAAGAAUGAUCAGUAUCUUUCCUAGCAGCCAAUUUCAGCAGCUAACUUCUUUAACUCAUUUACUAACUUUACAUUGUAACUAUAGGACAGAACAGGUCAUUACUGCACUGCACACAGUGGUACUGAGUAGAACUAUACAUUUAGAAUGAUAUAGAUGAAUGAUUCUCUUUUAUGUUCUACAGCUUUAUAAAGAAAUAUAUUUUUAAUGAACCUUCUUACUGCAUUGGUAUGGCAAUGCUGUGUGAAACAAUUGAAAAUUAAUAAAGAUGAGUUGAAGGUUUCCAA